CCUCUGUUUCUGCUCAUCAGGACUUAGUUUGUGCCGGAGCCUCAGUUUGAGCCUCAGUUGGACUCCGGGCUUGAGUCUCGCUGAGUGUCAGUCCGAGUGUCGGAGGAUGACUUUGGGCUGACGGCGUGUCUCGGCUCUGCUUGUCGGGUUUGAUCGGCUUUCUUGCGGCUGUUCCGUAACUUUUCUCGGGGCUCCGCGCUAACAGGCCAGCUGCUUAGCUUGUGGGCCAGUUAGCCAGUUAGCCAGUUAGCCUCGGUGCUGUAUUGUUGGCUGCUAGUUGGCGGCUAACAGCUAGCAGCUAACAGUUAGCCUGCUGGUGUCGCUGGGUUCUCGUCAUGCCGGCGAUGCUGGAGAGAAACCCUGAAAUCCCCGGGAAGCGGAGGGGCAGGAACCCGGUGACCGGCGGCGGGAACAGCGGUGUGAAUGCUAAUGCUAAUGCUAACCCCGGGAGCAAAAGUUUGUCUGCAAAUGGAAACAGCAGCAACUUGUGGGAAGAAGGAAGUUCAGGAUCCAGCAGCGACGACGAGCAUGGCGGAGGGGGGAUGCGAGUCGGACCGCAGUACCAAGCCGUGGUUCCGGACUACGAUCCCGAGGUGGCCCAGGCGGCUCAUGACAGAGAAAACCUCGGUCUGUUGGUCUGGAUCCCCAGCAGCUCUGUGGCCGACACCCAACUGGACGAGUACAUUGCCAUCGCCAAAGAGAAGCAUGGCUACAACAUGGAACAGGCGCUCGGGAUGCUGUUCUGGCACAAACACAACAUCGAGAAGUCGCUGGCCGACCUGCCAAACUUCACGCCGUUCCCGGACGAGUGGACGGUGGAGGACCGGGUCCUGUUCGAACAGGCCUUCAGCUUCCACGGCAAAACCUUCCACCGCAUCCAGCAGAUGUUACCAGAUAAGUCCAUGUCCAGUCUGGUUCGGUUCUACUACUCGUGGAAGAAGAGUCGCAGUAAAACCAGUCUGAUGGACCGUCACGCCCGUAAGCACAAGAGAGAGCGAGACGACAGUGACGACGAGGUACAGGAUAGUAAUGGAAACACUCCCAGCGACACGGAGUAUGAACUGGCCAAGGACGACAAGAAGGAGGGUUCUGGAUCAGAGAGGUCAGAGGUCAAACCAGCGACCGUGCAGAAGCCGGUGUCUGUGUGUGGGAAGGCGGUGCACCGGGUGAAGAAGCGUCCUCCUAAAGGCAUGUACCUGAGCCAGGGCGACGUGGCGGCCGUGUCCUCCAGCGCCCCGACGGCGCAGGGCGUGAUCCGCCAGCUGGACUGCCAGCUGGUCAGCAUCAAGAGACAGAUCCAGAUGAUCAAACAGACCAACAGCGCUCUGAAGGAGAAGCUGAGCUCCGGAGUGGAUGAGUACCGACAACCAGAGGUGAAUCAGAAGUUCAACACCCGCUGGACCACAGAGGAGCAGCUGCUCGCAGUGCAAGCCAUCAGGAAGUAUGGGCGGGACUUCCAGGCGAUCUCAGACGUGAUCGGGAACAAGUCGGUGGUGCAGGUGAAGAACUUCCUGGUGAACUACCGCCGCCGCUUCAACCUGGACGAGGUGCUGCAGGAGUGGGAGGCGGAGCACGGCGUGGAGGGCGGGGCCAAGAUGGAGGCGUGUCCUGAGGAGGAGGAGGAAGAGGAGAAGGAGGACUCUGUUUCUCCUGCGGAGCCCCAGAAGCCUCCUGAGACCUUCUGACCUCCGACCCCUGUGAUGUCAUCACAACUUAAAUUCCUGUUAGCGCAGCUGUACUGAAACCCAAUCCCAUAAUCCCCUGCAAUACCACAGGCAGACAGACAGACAGGCAGACAGACAG